AUGGCCCUGGUGGCCCUGGCUUCACCGUGUCCCCAGAUCCCACGGGCCCUCAUCGCCAGGCGGCUGGGGCGCUGUGCCUGGUGCUGGGCAGACCUGGGCUGCAGGGAGCCAGCAGUCCUGACAGCCUCUCUGUCCUGUUUCCCCACAGCAGCAGAGUCUGAAGGGCUGCAGGUGCAGGCUGGCCAGGAAACCUUCAUCAUGGACUCCGCUUACUCCGAACAAGCUGUGCUGCUCCUGCAGAGAGGCAGGGGGCCCCCGGAGGCACCUGCACCUGUGCCGAAAUUUAGGAUCCCCAAGGGCAGACUUGGCCUGACUAGGGUAGGAGACUUGUCCUUACAGGAUCAGAAGGUCCCUGCCUUAGCCCUUAUCGAGCUGACCACGCUCUGUGACGUCCUGGGCUUGGACCUGAAAAAGAGCAAGGCCGGCAAACGGAAGGCGACAGAAACUUGCCUUUUCAGCGUGUCCCUCGACACCUUGCUGGAAGCCGACCGCAGAUCCCUCCCCAGCACCCAGGUCCCGCUGGUCCUUCAAGCGCUGCUGUCCUGUUUGGAAGAGAGAGGGCUGGAUACAUCGGGCAUUCUCAGGGUGCCAGGGUCAAAGUUAUGGUUUGGCUUCCCCACUUCUUUGAGGCUGCAUCUCCCAGCACCCUCCUCUGGGCUGGAACACAAGCUGAAUCACAACGACACAUCUGAUUUGCUCCAAAUGCCCAUCCAGGCACUGCCGGCGCCUCUGCUCACUGCGGAGUACCUCCAGGCCUUCCCUGUGGUGCCCAACAUCCCGGACCUGACCCAGCGCCUGCAGGCUCACCUGCUCGUCCUGAUCCUCCCGGAACCCAGCAGAAACAUCCUGAAGGAAAAGUUACCUCCAGCUGCCUUCACUCUACCACGUCGGCCUACACCCAAAAUAACGGCUCCAAAUGUGCUCAUUCAUUCAUUCCACAACUAUGCCAGGUUGCCUUUCUUGGUGGCGCAGGUGUGAAAACUGAACGACAGCAUUCGCCGGUGCCCCCAGCUCUGCGAUGGGGGACUCAAGACCUGGCUGCGAAGGAUGCACGCAGACAGGAACGAGGCGACGGACGGCCCCGAGUUGGUUAGUGAGCCCUGCACCACCGCCCCGCCCCCACAGGUGGAAGAAGAAAGGGGCAAGGGGUGGCGGGAGGACACCUGGUGGCCGUGCCUUCGCAUCCUCUGCAUCAGCCGGGACUCACGACUAGGCUGCCAGGCACGGCGCUGCCGACUGUGGCCACCAGGGGGCGUCCCGGGCCCGUCGCAGCGAGAGAGGAGGCGGGGUCUCAGAAACGAGGGAGGUGACGCGGCUGAGCAAGGAGGAAACGGUGGGGCGGCUCUUGUCCUCAUCUGUCACUCCUCAUCCCACCACUCCCAUAGCUUCCAUUCUGAUGCCCAGCAGGAAGGAGCCUUGUGGCAGGGGACCCAUGGCUGGUCCUCCCUUACUGCCGUCCAGCUGCCUCUUCCCAGCCUCUGGGUGCUGGGCUCCUUCCUGAGCUCCGGCUCUCUCAGGAGGGUCCAUAUGUCUCAUCUCCCACCUGUGACCAAAAACCACAACAGGUCCACGAAGUCAGCCGACAUCCUCCUCCACGAAGUCAGAGGGAAUAUCAGUGAGCAUCGCCUGGACCCAGAUGCCCACCUUUUAGAUCUGUAUCACACCAACCCCCAUGGCGAGUGGGUCAUCAAACAGAACCCCACCUAA